GAAGUGAACGCAGGGGGCGGCCGGUGUCCUCUGGCCCAUGUGGGCGCUGCUGGGCGGGCGGUAUGGCCGAGGCUCAGCAGAGCAGGAUGCAGGAGGCCAUCGACAACAUGGUGCAGGGGCUGGAGCGGGAGAACAUCCGGAAGAUGCAGGGUAACAUGUUUCGGUGCAGCGCCGACUGCUGCGAGAAUGACACGGCCUCCAUGCAGCAGGUGCACCAUUGCAUCGAGCGCUGCCACGCGCCCCUGGCCCAGGCCCAGGCCUUCGUCACCAAAGAGCUGGAGAGGUUUCAGGACCGUUUGGCUCGCUGCACGAUGCACUGUAAUGACAAAGCCAAAGAUUCCCUGGAUUCAGGGAGCAAGGAGCAGCAGGUGAAACAACAGCUGGAGAGCUGCGUGACGAAGUGCGUGGACGAUCACGUGCAUCUCAUCCCCAGCAUGACCAAGAAAAUGAAGGAGACUCUGACAGCCAUUGCACAAUAAAGCUGUGUCUGUUUGGGGGGAGAGAGGGAGACGUGUAGUUCCUAUUAAAAGAGAGACGUGCACACGGAGAUUCGUGUUGGAAAUUGAGGAAGGAAAUGGAUGACAAGGGUGAUUUUGUAUUUUCCAAGUAUUGCAGUGGUCCAUUCAAGAGCUGGUUUGGUUUAAGGGCUUGGUGGUCUGGGGCUGAUUUGAGGAGUGUCACCAGUUGUGGAGAGGACAGACUAGUGACUUUGCCCCAGUCCUCAAAGGAUUAAUGGUUAGUGUAUAUACAGAUCAUGCUAAUAAUAGCAGUGUCCUCCACUGACCUUGACGUCCCUCGUGAAUGUAGAGCUGCUGGAAGGCACCAGUUUAACAGGCCUGGAGCCUGAAGGGCCUAUAUCCCUAAGAAGGUAUAACAGCAAUGCAAGCUUCCCCAGUGCUGCCUAACCAAUAUGCCUCAAUAGUGCCCUGCAGGAGUUAAGGGCCAGGUUCUCAGCAGAUGUAAAUCAGUGUAGCUCCGUUAGUGUCAGUGGAGCUGUGCCAGUGUAAACCCACUGAGGAUCUGGCUCCAAAAGUCCAGUCUCCGUGUCCUUUUCAUGGUGGUGAUGUGAGGGGCUAGGAGGAUUUGAAGUGAAACUAUCACUGGGUUGGGUUUGAAUUGAUGCCCUAGAGUUCAAAUGUCCAGUGUCCCUGCCUCACUUGUUCUCCAGGCUGUUGUGAACAGGGGGACAGGAAUUUCUCCUCAGCUGCUCUCAUAUCUGCAGAACUUAUUGUCUAGCACUGACAGGUUCCCCUUGUCCCUCUAGUGCAGGUGCCUUUUGCUGUUGGAAGGAACAGUUGAAAAGGGAGUGUAUGCAAUGUAUUAGAUAAUCAGUCUGUUUCUCUUACAAUGUUUCUUCCACCAGGAGACACGAAGUAGUCAGGGAGAAUAUUUUUGCAUUGGUAGGUCAAGUCUGUGCAGUUAAAACAUCUUUGGCCUCUACUGCCACUCACACUGGUAUAAAUCAGGAGUAAUUCCACUGGAAUAAAUGGAGAUAUGCCUGUGUGUAAACCCAGUGUGACUGAGUGGAGAAUCAGCCCCUUGACUUCCUCUGAUCUCAUCAGGCCACCAACCCUGCAGUGUCUAAUUCUACUAAGAGAGCAAGGUCAUUCAGCGCCGAUGAGUCACGAGAAGUAGCAUGGUGUGUUGGAAAGGAAUGGCCAAUGCCACUUAAUGAUCCACUCCUGCUGGUUUUACACCAGUAUGACUAUUGGCUUUAGUGGCGUUACUCCUGAUUUAUAGUGGGGUAAGGAAUAGCAGCGUUGGGCCUGAAGUCUAUCAUUAAGAGUUAUACCAGGUACAUUGUUCCAUGCAGUGUGGCAUAAAUAACUGUCCUCACCUGAGCCUCUGCAAAACAACCACUGAAGGUUUUAUUAGGUGGAUUCUCUCCUCCUUUUUGACCUGAUAUUCCUAAUUAAACACAAGGAGAGCCUGUCUCUGUUCUCCCUCAUCCUGGUAUAAAGCAGGAGUUUCUCUGCUAAAGUAAUGGAUUUACAGCAGCGUAAAUGCACAAUCAGAUUCUGCAGCAUGUUGCAGUGCAGGCUUGAGGUCGAUUUCAGACCUUGUUCUUCCCUGGAGCAGCAGGGACAGGGAGCAAUGCAGAGGAGGUUGGCUUGAAUGCUGGGGCAAGGUUAAUGCGCUCCAUUAGUCAUGGAGCAGUAUUACUGGCUGCCUCAGAUGUGGAACUACUCAGCUACAGGAGGAGGCAGUUCUGAAAUCUGUGGUCCUCAAGGUAAAUGAGCACAAUACAGAGAUGAUCACCACCAAACUAAAAAGGGGAAAUGACAUCCAGUAAACAGCAGCACCACCACCUUGUCCUGUCCUUGUGGCUGGAGACACUGUAGCAAGUAUCUUAGGAUGGUUCUAUUUAUUGUGAGCUGAAUGACCUGUCUGUACCUUCUCAGGAACAGCUAUAAUGAACACAACCAUUUUGUUCUGUCCUUUUAAAAAUUGAUUUAUUUUCUAAAAGUUUGAUUCAAAAAUAAAUUUUAGAUGACAAC